AUGUACGAGAUGGUCAGGACGCGGAUGGAUUUGCAAUGGGUCGAGGAUGCCACGCUGGAUAGAAAGGGUGUUGACGAGGUUAGGAGCUCGUUCCAGAAACCCCAAGCAGCAAUGCCCUCUGUCGACGAAGAGCCGCGACUCAGCCGGGAUCCUUGGAAUGUGGACCUUCCUAUUCCCUACCACAAGGAUCGGCAAGUUGCGUUGUUCGUUGAUGAGGAAUGCAUAUCGUCCCUACUGGGCCCGCUGGGACAAGAGACUCCGCUACCCGAUACGGCUGCAGCAAUUCGGAAGCACGCCAGGGGCAGCUACAUCAUCGCCGUCGAGGGAGGGUAUAGCCCAAAAAGAGGGUAUUCGUCCAGUCAAGCCCCUGAGCCGUAUAGGGGGUGGGCAAAAAUCGCUGUCGCCGUCAUCUUCACAGAGCUAUGCCCUGCGAGGCUCUAUAUCAACACUUUGCUCCCUCCGGAUAAAAUAUAUAGUCAGUCCUCUGGGGCGCCUCGAGCGGCGGGACUUGGAGAGGGUAGAACUAUCUCCUUCUUUUCUGCCCGAGGUCGGUGUCGGUUAUAUAUUUUUACGCAGGUUGUGUGGGUAGAUCGUGCAAUGACAGAUGUUCAUGCUGCGCAAUCCUACAAUAGUCGAAUUGAAAUUGCCUAG